AUGGAGUCUAAAAAAAUAGAUAAAUCAAGAGGAGAUCAGCAUCAAGGUGGAGAUGUAAUAGAGGAAAAUGUUAAGCAAAAUCAAAAAGGAAACCACCAAGAAGGAAAAAAACAAGAGACCAGAAAUCAGGGUGAAAGAAAUUAUGUUCAAGAAGUUUCAGAAAAAGAGGAGCAGUGGCAGACACAAAGAAGAAAACAAUCAAAAAACUUGGAGCAAGUUCAACCCAAAACAGCAUGGAGAGCACGCUCACCACAACACAAGAAAGUCAUUGAUGACAGCCAGCAGGCAGCAGGUAUACCUCCUUCCAUUACUACUCAUAAUGUUUAUAGUGACUUAGAAGUGCAGGAGCAGGCUGUUCAGGAGCUGCAGGUGGACACAUCAGGAAAGAAAGGUGCUGCAGACAACAAUAUCCAACAAAUCCAAGAGCCAGUUACUGCAUCAUCACCAACAACACAAACAACAAAUGUCCAAAACCUUCACAUGGACAAUUCAGAAAGGAAAGGGGAUGCAGACAGUGAUACACAACAAAAUGAAGAAACAAAUAUUGUUUCACCAUCAACAAAUCAAAGAACAAACCUGCAGCAACAUCAAACACAACUCACACAAGCCAAUAAUAACAAGAGAACAUGUUUUGACUUAUCUCUCCCCACACCCCAGCAAUCCCCUAUAAAUGCUGCUGAUAAUAUUGUGAAUGUUGGGUUGGCUGUUGAAGUUGAUGGAGGUAUGGAUGGAGGGUGUCAGGAGAAGCCCACUAAUCUGCAGGAAGGGGUAUCCAAAGGGGGGAAAGGAACUCUUGUUUUUGAUCACUCAGACCAUAGGAGAGACCUUAGAUCCGCAGAAAAUAAGUCUCCAAAUUCCAGCAAUCAGGGGCAGCAGAAAAAUUCCAGUCAAUGGAAAAAUUAUGAGGCUGAUCAGAGUUUGAAAAGAGCUGAAAAUCAAGAAGCUGGGGGUAUAAAUGCUGCUGGAAAUCAACAAUAUACUGUUAAUUCUGAGCAUCAGCAGCAGGGAGAUAAAACUCCUGUCGAAAAACAAAACAAUAGAUCACAAGGGAGACCUAGCAAAAAGAAAAGAGAAGCAAUUAAAAGAAAAAUUCAAAGAGAGGCAGGUCUGCAGUGUGAUAAUGAGCAGAUUCAAAGAGAAAAUAAAUCUCCAAAACAGUGCCAUGACAACUCAGAUUAUGAAGUUAUAAAUUCAGAAGAUGGAUUUGACGAAGAUACUCAAUCUCUCAAUGAAAAGGAGGGAGAAGAGGAAGAGGAUGAAACUAGUGCACAGUUGAUCAACGCUUUUGGUUCUACUUUCCAAAGUGAGUUUGAGUCUGAAAUCCAUGAAGUCACUACUCAACAAGGUUUAUCUCCAAGGGGUAGAAAGGAAGUCAGACAAUAUAACAACACCGUCACAACAAGCACAUCUGCUAAUACUAGCAGACCCAACACCAGGUCACGAAGUAAAGGUUUUUAA